AUGGGUGUGGGUGCCGCCCCGUUGCAGAACCGCCUGGAGAGGUGGGCACAAAGGUUGAACAACCUGAUCGUCUCUCCAUUGACCCGAGACUAUCCCGACACACAAAAGCCGGACUCCAAGAGGGCCAUUGAGGCAUUCGAAUCCCUUCGACUUCCCAAGGAGACUCAAUUGGCCUUGCAGCAGCUCUCGGGGCCAUCCUCUUCAGACUUUACUGUCGUUUUGACUGCUUUUGUCAUUCUGGUUGCCCGUUUGACCGGCGACGAGGACAUUGCGGUGGGCACAAGUUUGGGCGAUGAUGGCCGCCCUUUUGUCCUGCGCGUCCCAAUUGAUACCUCGGAGACGUUCCGCCAGCUCUAUGCUAAAGUAGACAAGGCCUUCAACGAGGGCUCCUCCGAGAUUGUGCCCUUGGGCAGCCUCCGCUCGUAUAUCCAAGAGAAGUCCCAAUCCGAGCGACCGCCGGUGCUUUUCCGGUUUGCUGCAUACGACGCCCCUGCUUCCUCGCAAGAAUACCCGGCGAAUACAUUUGACAGCACGGAUUUGGUGAUCAACGUUGCCCCCGGCAAUCAGACCGGCGGUUCGGCGUCGGAGGUCGAGCUGGGUGCAUACUACAACCAGCGUCUCUUCUCGAGUGCGCGUAUCGCCGUUAUAUUGAAACAGCUGGCUCGCAUUGCGAGUAAUGCUGCUGCCAACCCCGAGGAAGCUGUUGGGCGGAUUGACCUGAUGACUGAGGAUCAGCGUGCACUUCUGCCGGAUCCCACGGCGGAUUUGAACUGGUCCAAGUUCCGUGGGGCUAUUCAUGAUAUUUUUUCUGCCAAUGCUGAAAGACACCCGGAGAAACUGUGUGUGGUGGAAACCAAGUCGAGCAGCUCGCCGCACCGCGAAUUCACCUACCAACAGAUUAAUGAGGCCUCGAAUAUACUGGGUCACCACCUAGUGCAAUCGGGCAUCGAAAGAGGCGAGGUUGUCAUGGUCUACGCUUACCGUGGGGUGGACCUGGUGGUGGCUGUAAUGGGUAUUUUGAAGGCUGGUGCGACGUUCUCCGUCAUUGACCCUGCAUAUCCGCCCGAGCGUCAGAAUAUCUAUCUCGAUGUUGCCCGUCCCCGUGCUUUGGUGAAUAUUGCCAAGGCCACGCGCGAUGCCGGUGAGCUUUCAGACAUCGUUCGCACAUUCAUCAACGAAAACCUGCAGCUUCGAUCCGAGAUUCCUGCCCUUGCCCUUCAAGAUGAUGGCAGUCUUCUCGGUGGAUCGAUCAAUGGCCAGGAUGUGUUUGCCAACCAAAUCGAAUCGAAGGCCAAACCGGUUGGUGUGGUCGUGGGUCCUGAUUCCACCCCGACACUGUCAUUUACCUCCGGUUCGGAAGGUCGUCCGAAGGGUGUUCGGGGCCGCCACUUCUCGCUGGCCUACUAUUUCCCUUGGAUGUCGCAGACCUUCAAGCUUACCCCCGAUGAAAAAUUCACCAUGCUCAGUGGCAUCGCGCAUGACCCUAUUCAGCGAGACAUUUUCACGCCACUGUUCUUGGGUGCGCAGCUGUUGGUGCCCGCUCGAGAAGAUAUUCAAAACGAAAGACUUGCCGAGUGGAUGCAACAAUAUGGGGCCACCAUCACUCACCUGACGCCGGCCAUGGGUCAGAUCCUUGUCGGUGGUGCUUCGGCGCAAUUCCCAACACUCCACCACGCUUUCUUUGUCGGAGACAUUCUCAUCAAGCGUGACUGUCGCUCCCUUCAGGCUCUGGCCCCCAAUGUGAACAUCGUCAACAUGUACGGUACAACCGAAACCCAGCGUGCGGUCAGCUAUUAUGAAAUCCCCAGCUACUCGAGCCAGGAAGGCUUUCUUGAUACCAUGAAGGACGUCAUUCCGGCGGGACGUGGUAUGCUGGAUGUACAGAUGCUUGUCGUGAAUCGCUUUGACCCCGCUCGCAUUUGCGCGAUUGGCGAGGUCGGCGAGAUCUAUGUGCGUGCCGCCGGUCUUGCCGAAGGCUACCUGGGCUCUGCGGAGCUCAACGCGAAGAAGUUCCUCACAAACUGGUUUGUGAAACCUGAAGUUUGGACCGAGAAGGACAAGGCCGAGUCACAGGGCGCCAACGAGCCCUGGCGGGAAUGCUACGUUGGUCCUCGGGAUCGCUUGUACCGUAGCGGUGACUUAGGGCGGUACACACCUUCCGGAGAUGUCGAGUGCUCUGGUCGCGCUGAUGACCAAGUCAAGAUCCGUGGCUUUCGUAUCGAGCUUGGAGAAAUCGAUACCCACCUCUCGCGGCACCCUCUGGUCCGCGAGAAUGUGACCCUGGUGCGAAGAGACAAGUUCGAGGAGCCCACGUUGGUCAGCUACUUCGUACCAGACAUGGGCAAGUGGGCUGGGUGGCUGGAGAGCAAGGGUCUUACGGACGAUGAUUCCGCCGAGGGUAUGGUCGGCAUGUUGCGACGUUUCCGUCCUCUUCGAGACGAUGCUCGUGAGCAUCUCCGGAGCAAGCUCCCCACUUAUGCGGUUCCGACGGUCAUUAUCCCGCUCAAGCGGAUGCCAUUGAACCCGAACGGCAAGAUUGACAAGCCAGCACUGCCCUUCCCGGAUACCGAGCAGCUUAGUGCGGCCGCGCCGCGCCGUCGGUCGUCGGUUAUGCAGGCACUUUCUGAGACCGAGGAGGCUCUCGCUCAGAUCUGGGCGAAGCUCAUUCCGAAUGUGACCGCUCGCAUGAUCGGGCCUGACGAUUCCUUCUUCGAUCUCGGAGGCCACAGUAUCUUGGCACAGCAAAUGUUCUUUGACCUUCGGCGCAAGUGGCGUGGCAUUGAUAUCAGCAUGAAUGCCAUCUUCCGCAGUCCGACGCUUAAGGGAUUCGCUGGCGAAAUUGACCGAUUGUUGGAUUUGGAGUCGUUUGCCACCAGCGACAACCCGGAUCAGCAGGCUUCUGCCCAGGCUGCUAAUGCGCCGGACGAUGAAUACUCCAAGGAUGCUCAGCAACUUGUGAAUGAGCUUCCCAAGACCUUUGCCGAGCGUACCGACGCAAUGCUCUCUACUGAGCCAACCGUCUUCCUCACGGGAGCUACUGGUUUCUUGGGUGCACACAUUCUUCGUGAUCUACUUACGCGGCAGGCGCCUUCGACCAAGGUCGUGGCUCUGGUCCGGGCCAAGACUGAAGACCAGGCUCUAGAGAGAAUCCGUGCCACCUGCCGUGCGUAUGGCUUCUGGGACGAGACGUGGACCAGCAAGCUGGAAUCACUGUGUGGUGACUUGGGCAAGCCCAGCUUCGGUCUUUCCCAGGCCGUGUGGGAUGACCUCACCAACCGAGUUGAUGCAGUGAUUCACAACGGAGCGCUGGUUCACUGGGUUUACCCCUACGCCACACUCAAGCCCGCCAACGUCCUGGGCACCAUUGAUGCCCUGAAGCUUUGUGGCAGUGGCAAGGCGAAGCAGUUUGCCUUUGUUAGCUCGACCAGUGCUCUGGACAAAGAUCACUACGUGCAAGAAUCCGAGAGAAUCAUUGCGGCUGGUGGCAACGGUAUUAGCGAGGAUGACGACCUUGUGGGCAGCAGCGUGGGCCUUGGAACUGGCUAUGGUCAGAGCAAAUGGGCUGGAGAAUACCUUGUUCGGGAGGCCGGCCGCAGAGGGCUGAAGGGAACCAUCAUUCGCUCUGGAUAUGUGCUAGGCGACUCGACCACCGGCACCACCAACACAGACGAUUUCCUCAUCCGAAUGGUGAAGGGAUGCAUCCAGCUGUCUGCUCGCCCUAACAUCAACAACACGGUGAACAUGGUCCCGGUCGACCAUGUGGCCCGCAUUGUCAUCGCCUGUGCGUUCCACCCGCCUCGCGCGCCCAUUGGUGUGGCCCAUGUCACUGGACACCCACGCCUGCGCUUCAACCAGUUCCUUGGUGCGCUGGAGACCUACGGCUACGAUGUCCCUCAGGUCGACUACGUGCCUUGGUCGCUGUCCCUUGAGCAGUACGUCAAUGACGGCCAGCACAAUGACAAGGACUCCCAACAUGCCCUUAUGCCGCUCUACCAUUUCGUCACUGCCGACCUCCCGUCCAACACCAAGGCUCCGGAGCUGGAUGAUACCAACGCGGCUGCCGCUCUGCGCGCUGAUGCCGCCUGGUCUGGUGUCGAUGUGUCCGCUGGUGCCGGUGUGACCGAGGAGCUGGUGGGACUGUAUGCUUCAUACCUGGUGGAGACAGGGUUCCUUCCUGCGCCGACUGUUGCCGGGGCUCGUCCCUUGCCCGCUGCGCGUAUCAGCGAGGAGCAAAAGAAGACUCUGUUGAGCGUUGGAGGCCGUGGAGGUGCAUCUUGA